AUCCUUGCGACAGCUAUCGAAAUUUAGUUCGUUCAGGUUCACUAUUUCCAAUAGACACCAUGAUGCACUUGCAAACUACCAAUAUUAUCGAGAUGAUAGAAAAAAGUUAUUCGCGUCUUUCUCGAACUCUUCGAGCCAUCGCUUAUGUUUCUGUGCAUACAAUCACGUAUGGAGCGUUAAAUAUGCACUUAAAUCCUCGUUUGCUGGCAUCGACCGGUGUUGUAAACAAAAAUAUUCCUGAUUGGAUGUGCUAUGUAAAUAUUUUGAUGCAUGCGAUUCAGUCGUUUCUGACGUAUUACUUCAACCUUGGUAUCAGCUGGUAUUUAGUUGCAAAGUAUCCCUUGUAUAUUUUAUUGUCCACAUACUAUCUCGUGUCUCUUCGGCAAAUCGCUUGGUCUUUUGCUAUAGAUGCCCUGUCUUUGCUCGCUGCUCGCGCAGGCACCAAUGCUUUGCAUCCUCGACUCUCUCGUGAACGCAUGACGCGUGCCAGCAUUACCACCUUGUUUACAUUUAUGGCCAGUGUCUUGAUUAGUGUGUUUAAUUAUUCUACCCAAAAGCUGUACCUUAACUCGAUUGUCCUUGGUAAUGUUCGUGACGUCGUUACUAGCUUAAUUGCUCCUCCUCUUCCUUUACAGUACAUUGCACAUGUUCCUAUUGGCUAUGUUUUACAAAAGCUAGUCUUUGAGAAGCGAAACAUGCUUCAAUCUCUUAUGCUAAUGGUAUUCUUUUCCAUCUGGAAUUGCGCCGUCCCCUUUACCAUUUUGUUUUGUCCCCAUUGGAUCCCAAUGUGUCAGGUAUUGUUUACUUAUAUUACCCAAGCCGUCAUUGUGAUUCUUGUCUGCUGGGCUAUUUCUCUAUGAGCGGCAAGGGAUUUAGAAGUCGAUGUUAUCUUUUGUCUUCACCUUUCUUCCCUGGUAAGAUUUUCUGUUUCAUAUCAAAGUCAUUCUUAUCCCCCCUUUUACGGUUAUUUGAAAACUUUUCAUGGUGUGUUUGCUGUCUAUGAAUUGUUUAAAAUGCUGUUAUUGAAGCAUUUAUGUUUCUUGGUUUUUCUAAAUGUGUACAGGUGUAUUAUUCUUUAAUGAUUCCAUAUUAAUAUUCAUUGUG